AACUGUCAUUUUAUUGCCGUGAGCCAAAACGUUCGAAGAUAUUUAUUUUGUUCAAAUGUGUGUGUGCGUGCUUUUUUUUGUUAUUUUCUUUAUUCAAUUAUUCAGAUUUUAAAUUAUAAAAAAAAUAAACAAAUUAAUGAAAAUGAAGGGCGAUAAAAUCUCUGCGAGUAAUUCCAAAUCUCGUCGAUCAUCCAAAUGUACAUUAUUCGAAUCAAUCUUGAAGAAGGCAAUUUGGCUAAAAAAACAGGGAAUAACAUCGCAAACUUAUGAUCAACAAAUAUUAAAUUCAACUAUAGAUGAUUUUCAUCAACAUCUUGAAUCGGGAUGUUUUUGUGUGAUUCGUUCAUUCACCUAUAUUGCAUUGGCCACCACUUAUCUGGAAAGAUUUCAUUCAAUGUUCCAUAGCUGUGUAAUGUUUUUGAGCGAACAUGAAAGUCGAUUACAUAAAGCUGCUGAAGAAAUUCGUAAAGAAAAGGAGAAAAAUUUUGUCAACGAUUUAGAUUUCAAAACUCAAAGUUCAUUCAUAGCCGAAAAUAAUGACAUUAUUAAUGUAUCCAAUUUUAAUAAACUAAUCGAAAAUUUAAUUGAUGCUGUACAAAUGUUUGAAAAAGGUUUACAAUAUGGUAAAACCGAAUCUGUAUUGAAUGCAACAUUUCUCGAUCGUUUCGGUAUUUUGUCCAACAUGAAUGCAUUAUUUCAGAUAUUUUCAUAUUAUAGCCUGGACUUAUAUGCAUUUAGAGUUGUUAAUCUUUCUUUGUCUCUUGUUGAUCAAUAUUAUUCACCACAUGAAAUUCAAAAUGAGAAUACUAUUUUGAUUCAAUGUAAUUUACUACGUAUUCUAUUGAAACUUGGAUUCGUCAAAGUAGCUGCUUCAUAUUAUAAACGUUUUUUUGGUCAUAUCAAAUUUUUGGAAAUGGAAGACAACAGUUGGAUUAAUUCAUUUGAACGAUGUAAUAUAUUUCUUUUAUAUUGUGAAUUAUCACUUCGUAAUCGAAAUGGUAAACAAAUUUCAAUGAAACUAAAAGAUUUUAUUAAAAGCGAAUAUCUUCAAAAACCAACAAUCAAACGAUAUACGAUUAAAGCGUUAGCUUUUUCACUCGCAUCACGUUUUCCUUCAAUUAAUUAUUCGUUUGAAAAUUUUCUUAAUGAAUUCAUCGAGCCCACACAAAUGUCCGUUGGAAUGUGUCGACGAUGGAAAUUUUUCACAAUGUUUUUUCCAGAUAAUUUCAAUUCAAUUCAUGUCAAUGAUGUCUGGUGGAUUCGAUUCACUGUAUUAAAUAUAUUUAAAAAUUCUUUCGAAACAUUUUUAGACUUUAAUCUAAAUAAUGGAAUGAAUAGUGAUCCAGUUUUCUAUUAUAAAUUAGCCGUCAAUUUAUUCACUGUUACAAUGAAUAUAUUCAGUUUAGGAAAAUUACGACUAAUUGGCGCUCUUUAUGAUAUUCAAAAUGCAUUCCAUGUUGAUGCUAAAAUCAAGAUGAUUCUCUUCAAAAAAAUCUUUAGUGGCCAUAGCAUAUGCAAUGAAGAGAUUUUCCAAAUAUCAUCAAAAGAAUCGAUAAAAGAAAGUGAAAAUAUUGACAAUGAAAUCAAUCUUAAACUCAACGAUUUGAACAAUAUCCAAGAUGAAGCAAGCAGUCAAGAUGAAGAUCCUAAUUCGAUCAAGGCACUUUAUAAAAGCCUAAAACAAUUGAUUAAUGAUGGCCGCGGAAAUUCGAAUGACAAUGAAGAUUUACAUUCAAAUUUUUAUCGUGAAAAUAUUCCGAUUGAAAAUUUAUCCAAAUCAUUUAUGAAAGAAUUUCGAUACACUAUUAGUCAUCUACCUCAAGAUUCAAUAUUUAAUCUAUUUCAACUCUAUAUUUCACAUUACAUGAUAUUAAACAUGUUGAUCUAUGAAGAAACAAAAAAUGUCGAUCUUAUCUGUAAAGAACGGUAUAUUAAUUUGCUGAAUUUUUUUGAACAUUUUACCAUGAAAAUUUAUUUGCCCGAAUUGAAUAAACAAUUGAAAUCAGCAAACACGACAAUCGUGUUGAAAACAACAAUGGAAGAACAGAUAGUCAAUGGACCAAUUGAAAAAUUAUUCUGGCUUUGGAAUACAUUUUUCAUCAAUGUAUUAAUCUCAUCGGAUAAUCAUUUGGAAGCUUUACCAUUUUUAAAUCGAUUGAUUGAUAUUUCAACAUAUUCUUAUAGCAGUCGAAUUCACCGUACACAGAUGUUUUAUUAUCGUGCUUUGGUUCUUUAUAAACAACUAAAGAAAAACGUUGAAUUAGUUGAUAAAUCCAAAAAGAUCUUCAAAUUAUUCACCCAUCAUUUGGUGGAUAAUUUAAAGCAAGAUUCGAAUUCAUUGGAAAAAAUGUCGACACCAUCUCCAAAAAAUCGAAAAAAAGUGACAAAUUUCGAAGCUCCUAAAAAACGAGAUUUACUAUGUAGUGCUAUGGAUAAAAAUUGCAAUUUGGAUUCAAUUACCAAUGAAGAUGUUAAACAAUGUUUGAAAAAAGCAAUAAGUUAUAUUGGUUGUCAUCCAAGUCAUAAAUUAUAUUCCCAAUUACAUUAUCUUUUUUACAAAUUAUAUAAACUUAUGGCCAAAAAUAAUCAAACAUUAUGUUUUCAUUUGGCCGAGACUGCCUCAUAUCAUUGUUUCCGUUAUCGACUUUUAUUUAAUACAUUCAAAAAAAUCAAUGCUUCAAAACAUCCACAAUAUGAUAUUGAUUCGAUACGAUUUAGAAAUGAAGAUUUUGGCUGCAAUUCAUAUAUGCAUAAUUUACCGAAAACAUGGCGAUUUGUGCAAAUCAAAUUGAUCGAAAAUGGCACCAAUAAUCCUGAUCUGCUAUUAUGUAGAUUUCAGAAUGGAUAUCAGCCUUAUUUUGUUAAGAUAAAAAGUGAUCAACAAAAGGACAUUAAAUUUUUCAUGGAUGAAUUUUCUGAAAUCAUGAAACUGAAUAGUGUUUCAAUACAUGAAACAGAGAAAAAAAGUUUCUGGCGAAUGCGAUUCGAAACUGAUUUUCAAUUAAAAAGUUUAUUGUGUAUGACCGAACGACAUGUUUUUGGCUUAGCAAAAGGAUUUUUCAUGGGACAACCGAAUAAUAGAAAAUAUCUAUCUUGUUGUACAAGUUUUCGAAAAUGUAUACUUGAUCUUGCCAAGGAAAUGAAAUUGGAAUGUCAAGAUUCAAAUCUAUUGAAUAUUUUCAUCGAAUCGAUUGUAUUGUUCACUGCCGAAGAGGCUGAAAUCGCUGCACAAAUAUUAUUUCAGACAAAUGAAAAUCGAUUCAUAAGUCAAUAUGAAGAACUUCGAAAAAAAUAUUUCACCACAUGGAUGAAAAGUGAUAAAUUGGACCAACUCUUCAACGAUAUUGAACCAGUCGGAUUAAUUAUCGAUCCAUCAUUGAAUCAAUUUCCUUUCGAAUCACUUCCUAGUCUACGGAAAAGGAACCAGCCAUUUUUUCGUAUUCCCUCAGUGAAGAUAGCUUCCUUGCUUUAUGAAAAAUAUAAACAAUUAGUUGAUGAUGGAAUAGAUGAUGAAAAAACCUUCUAUGUUCUGAAUCCAGGUUCCAAUUUAGCAAGUACUGAAGCAUUUUUCAAGCAAACAUUUUUAUCCAUAAAUGAAUGGACUGGUUUUGUUGGAACUGUGCCUGAUGGUCAGGAUUUGGAAAAAAAUUUUGAAACAAAAGAUAUUUAUGUGUAUAUGGGUCAUGGAUCUGGCAGUCAGUAUUAUCGGGCAAUUCCUAAAGGAUUUGAUGUGGUCAACAUGAAUUCAUUAUCCAUUGUUGUUGGUUGCAGUUCUGGCCGUGUGACAAAAGAAACGAAAACUUCUGAUGUUUUUGGUUCUGCAUAUCGUUUCCUGAUUAAUGGCGCUCCAGUAUACAUUGGCACAUUAUGGGAUGUUACCGACAAAGAUAUCGAUCUUUAUAUGGAUGGUUUCAUGACACUUUGGCUUCCACGAUGGAAUCGUGAUCAAGAAAUAUCUAUCAAAAAGAAUAAUUCACUUUGCAAAUCUAUAUCAUUGGCCAGAGAUGCAUGUAAAUUACGUUUUUUAAAUGGUUGUGCUUCAGUAGUCUAUGCACGUACAUUGAUGUUAGGUAUUGAAACAUCUUGCGAUGAUACCGGUAUUGCGAUUGUUGAUGAAGAUGGACAAAUCAUUUCAGAAGUAUGUGCAUCACAAACAGCUUUACAUGUCUCAAAUGGUGGUAUUAUUCCACCUGUAGCACGUGAUCUCCAUAAAACCGUCAUUGAUCGUUGUGUCGCUAAUUGUUUACAUAAUGCAAACGUGUUUCCAACUGAUCUUUCAGCCAUCGCUGUUACAAUUAAACCUGGAUUACCAUUAUCACUAUUGGUUGGCUGUAAUUAUGCGAAAAAACUUUCAGCAAAAUAUAAUCUCCCUGUGAUACCAAUUCAUCAUAUGGAAGCUCAUGCAUUAACUGCUUUGAUUGAAUAUCCUAAAUUGUCAUUUCCAUUCGUAGCAUUACUUAUAUCUGGUGGUCAUUCUAUAAUUUGUUUUGUCAAAGGAGUCGAAGAUUUUCGAUUAAUGGGACAAUCAAUCGAUGAUGCACCGGGUGAUAUAUUGGAUAAAGCGGCUAGAGCCUUGAAAUUAAAAAAUCUCGGACCACCUUUCAGUAUAAUAAGUGGUGGUUCAGCCAUUGAAUUGAUGGCUAAAAAUGGUGAUCCUUUUUCAUAUUUCACCCGCGUCAAAUCCUAUCCUCUUUACAGUAGCAGACAUCGAACCUGUAAUUUUAGUUUUAGUGGUUUUUUAAAUGCAAUCCAGCGAACAAUUCGUCAACUCGAAAUUGAUAAUCAAACAUCACCCGAUGAAGUUUUGAACGAAGCUCCGGAUUUAUGUGCUUCAAUUUUAUAUGUCAUUUCUUUUAUUUUAAUCAAACGCAUGCAACGUGCUUUUCAAUAUUUGGAUGAAAAGGAAAUGUUGUCAAGUUAUGAUCAACGAAAAUUAGUUGUUAGCGGAGGAUGUGCCGCCAAUCGUUUCAUUACCGGAAUGAUACGAAAUUAUUGUCAUCAUGAAGCAAUCGAUUUAUUUAUUCCAACUUCUAAAUUAUGUACGGAUAAUGGUGUUAUGAUUGCCUGGAAUGGCAUACUAAAAUUACAAAACGAAAAAAUUUUUCCACAAUUUGUUAUUCGUGAACAACGAUUAAUUCAAAUGUUAAACAUAGAUUCUAAAGCUAAAUUAGGUCUUGAUAUAAGUAAAGAUGUGACCAAUGCCAACAUCAAAUGCGAAAGAAUAGACAUCAAAAGUUUUGUGAACUUUCUUUAAUUAUCAAUUGUUUUCAAUGGUUCGAUUUCAA